AUGAUCCACACGGGGGAAUGGCCGUACAAAUGUGGGGAGUGUGGGAAGGGCUUCAGCUACAGAUCCACCCUGGCGACCCACCAACGCAUCCACACCGGGGAGAGGCCCUAUGAGUGUCCUCAGUGCCAGAAGAGGUUUCGGAUCAGCUCCAAUCUCCUCAGGCACCAAAGGAUUCACAAUGAGGAGAGGCCCUUCCGCUGCCCUGAGUGCGGGAAGGGCUUCAAGCAAAACUCCCACCUCAUCAGGCACCGACGCAUCCACACUGGGGAGGCACCCUACAGGUACCCCACAUGUGGGAAGAGCUUCACCCAGAGCUCUGACUUGACCAGCCAGGAGUCACUGAAUUUCCCAUCCCCAAACCACUGCCAGAUGGAGGAGAAGGCUGCGAGGAAGAGGAAGAUGUCCCGGGACCACCAGUGUGGGGAGUGUGGGAAGGGCUUCAGCUACAGAUCCACCCUUGUGACCCACCAACGCGUCCACACCGGGGAGAGGCUCUAUGAAUGUCCUGAGUGUCAGAAGAGAUUUCAGACCUGCUACAAUCUCCUCAGGCACCAAAGGAUUCACACCAAUGAGAGGCCCUUCCUCUGCCCCGACUGCGGGAAGGGCUUCAAGAACAACUUCACCCUCGUCAUCCACCAGCGUAUCCACACCGGGGAGAGGCCCUACGAGUGUCCCCAACUGCAGGAAGAGCUUCAUGCACUGCUGCAGCUUCAUCCCCCAUUGGAUGACCCAUGCUGGUCAGAGCCCUGGUGA